CAGCAGAAUAUGUGCUGAUCAUUUACCACUGGGUCUAUUUUCAAAUUAUGAUGGAAAAUUGAAAUAAAUCUAGCCAAACCGCUUUAUUAAACUAGGCCUAAGCUAUCUUACAACGUACGGAAUCACAGAUAGGUAUCCCCUUUUGCCAAUUUGCCUUGGGUACAGUUAAGAAUAUUUUGAAACCUCUCCGAUGAAGAAAACACAAGGACAUGAGAAAGAAUGAACAAGGAAACUUUAAAAAUAGUUUUCAUUUAUACAUAGCAUAGAUCUAAAAGUUACAAAAAUGUAGAUCUGAUUCCAAGCAUUUCCCUCUGUAGAGAUUGUUGACAAACUUCCCUAUUUACCUGGCGUUGUACUGGCGCCAUUCUUAAAAACAAUAACAAAUUAAUUAUUGUACCCGUAACUACCCUUCUUCCUUCCGUAAACAGUCAACAGUCAGUCAGUGUGUGUGAAGUGUUUUUCCGUGAAAUUUACACUGCAGACUGGAGAUCGAUUAGAACUGUAGUCCUAAGUCUGGUAGAUUUACAGUCUACAGCACAGCCCAGAUCUACUAAAAUAAGGCAGAGAAUGGCUUGUUGUGUAAAGAGAGAUGGAUGGGAAGGGAGGAUCUACUCGAUUUAGGGCUUUCAGUAGGCUACGUUCACUUCAGCCCCAGUCAGUCUACUUUUUGCUCUUUGAGUUCUGUGCCAAACGUUAGCUCGCUACGCCCAGAUUACCUUGCCUUACAGUAGGCCUAAUCUAGAUCUACAAUAAGCUACUGCCACUAAGUUAUAGUUAUUAACUCAACAAACCAAACUACUAAAACCGUCAAACCUCUUGACUUUGACUGACUUUACUACUUUCACUUGAGAAAGACUCAGAAUACUCAGAUACUCUUUGAUCUUUGAUUCUGCCAGUGCCAGAAUGUCUGAAGCUGUGAAGAAGGGCCUCAAAUCUUUUGAUGAUUUCCUUCUGGACUAUGAUGUUUUCAAGUCUGAUACAAGUACAAGAAACGUUACAGCAGUUUGCAAUUUAGACUAUGCUGCUGCUUCCCUUGCCGCCACUGUUCGACUUCUGUUGUCCAAAGAUUUGGCAAACAAGACAUUUUUGUUAGUGUUUGGAAAGAAGUCGAGUGAGAAUCUAGAUGACGCAGUGGCAGAUACUGCUGAUACUUCAUCAUCAUCAGGGACAACAUUUCAACAAGACUCCCAAGUCCAAGACCCGACAAGCCCAAACUCUACCAAUUUUAUUGGUCAGCAAAGUAGAUCUAGAUCUAUGUUUGGUUCUCCCCUAAAGCUUGAAGCAAUUGCGAAUCUUUCUGGCAGUGACAAUAGAGCUGUCACCUCAACACCGGUUGAAAAGGCGAAAAGAGUUGUUUUCUUACCCCCUGUUCCAGCUGAUAAAGCGAAAAAGAUAUUGUCUGCUUUCGCUAAGAAUAAUUUGAGUGCAAGUGGAACUCAGUUGGUGACUGUGUUUUGCUUUGAUAAAGACCAACCUAAAAAGCCUCUUUUGUAUGGAAUGUACAGAGGAAAUAAUAUGCAUGGAGAAAUUGAACUUAGGACAUUUAAAGUUACUGCCAAGAUGAAUGAUUCAAAAGUGAAUUUGGCAUCUGUGGAACCAAUGCUGAUUAGCUGUGGACAUGACUGUCAGAUGGCAGCAUCCUACAACAUUCUGGAGGACAAAGACGGAAUGGGUUUCAUGACUCUGGAGGCAAAAUGGUCAGAUCCAAAUGGCAAGCUGAAACUGUCCAGACUGCCUCAGACAGGCUUCUCCUUGGAUAUGAGUAUACAGUCUGGGAAUGAGUAUAGCCCUGUUUUCGGUUACUUCUGUGAACUUCAAAAGGUUAAGAGGUUUAUGUCCGCACUGAAGAAAGAGGAAAUGCCUGAAAUGUUGUCUGCAGCCACAGCUUCUGUGUCUAACACGCUGAAAGAGUUACUACAGAAUUUAAAGCUGGGUGUUUCACCCCCAGUGGUCACAGGAUCUGCUGAGGUACGCAGCUCUUCUCACAUGGCACGACAGUUGAACUUAGAGCAGCGACAAAACAAAGACUUCACCGACUUUCUAUGGGAAGUUCUCAGCCAGUGCACUGACCUUGAAGGGUUGUCCAGCUGCCUGUCUGCGACGUUUGCAGCCCUCAAGGCUGGAGAUUUGCCGACCUUUGUACACAAGGACAACCAAACGACGAUCGCGCAGCUUGUGCGACAGUCACACUCUGGUAUCGCUUACUUCCCUUCCCUGACAGGUUUCCUGCCCGUACGUCUUGUCACAGAAAUUGGCGUGCACAAGAUUUACAAGGAUUAUAUGGCAUUGUUCUUAGGCAACAGGCUGUGUACUGCUGGUCAGUGGGAGGAGUUCGUCAAGUCUCAGGUAGAAGGAACUGUUGGAAUUGUUGACAUGGAGGAGAUAUAUCAGAAAGAGUUGUCGCAGAAAUUUCAUGUUUUGACCAAGCUCCAUCACUGUCUUGAAGUAGUUUCUAUUGUCGAUAUCUUCACGGAAAAACAAACCCUUAGCAAAAUCACAAAGAGCCUUUUGGAUCUGUACAAGAGUGAAGACCUGAAUGAAGAGAAGGUAUUCAGCUAUCCCAUCACAGUUGUACAGGCCGUGCCAGAGAUAAAAAAAGUUAGACCGUCCAUGAUGAAAAGAGAAGCAUCUGAGCGAGGCAAUACAUAUAUCGACUGCUUUCUGUCUGAGCUCCCUUCUUCUUUAUCAGGAUUCGCAUCAGCUGAGACUGUUGUGAGUCCCGGGGAUGUCUCCUCUAUUCUUGGAGACUGCGAAGACUAUUAUCUGUUUCAGACUACUGAAAAAUGCUUGACUCUCGGACAUGCAUAGUAAAGCAUAUACGAGAUGUAUGUAUUUAUGUGUGAACAAGUAGCCUACAUUGAGCAAGAAAUGAACUUUUACACUCAGAACUCUCUUUGUUAUGUUAUAGAUCCAAAUAUAUCUGAUACGGUUGAAACUGUCUACGUCUAAGUCGGCCAUCCAUUGUCGAAGAGAAAAAUGGCCGUCUCAGACAGGUGACCAUAUUACAAGAUGUCAUUAUAAUGUAAAAAAAUAUGCAAGGGAGGAAAUGGGAAAUUGCUGUUUGUACAGGUGAUUGUCUUAGACAGGUGGCCCUUAGAGCAGGCACCUCUGUAUUUGCUCUUAUCUAGGUCAUGUGUAUCAGUGAUGUUUCAAGGGUUGCUGGAAUGGAAGAGUCAAAUGAGACUUUGGAGAUACCAAAGUUUCUGGUUGGUUAUCUCCUUCGGGGUUUUUCCUAUAUAGCCUAUAUACAGUAUAACACGGAUAGCUCGAAAUCGUCGGGACCAGCUUCGGUAUUUCGAGGGAUCCGUAGUUCAAGGGAUAUACAAAGAUAAAGAAGAGAAGGAAAAAACGGGACUGCAGGCACAAUUCGACGGAUGGGUGAUUUCAAGUCUUCUGUGUUCGACCUAUCCGCGUUAUACUGUAUAUCCUUUUUUUCUUUAUAAUCUGCACAAUUUAUAGUUUUCUCUUCAGUUGGCGUACUUGUAAGAAAUAUGACCACAUGUUGCAGUCUUUGUAGAAUUGCCAACAUCUCUUUGACUCAGUAUAUAGCUACCCCAGUGCUUUCUUGUCGUAUCUCCAUUUUUAAUAACAGUGGAAACAGUUCAUAACAAAGAGUGAGCACGUGAUAUCACAUUUUCACACCAAAAAAACUGAGAUACGACAAAAAAAUACUGAGGUCACUUUAUAAUUUAAAACUGCUGUUUACUCUGAAGUACAGUGGAGUCUUAGAACUUAAAACGAAAUCCAUGAGACCCAGAUUUUCUUUGUUUUGGCAGUGUUUUCAGUUUUGAGAGAUUGUUCAAGUAUAGAAGGAAAUUAGCGUGAAUCUAGUUUGUUUUUUUUUGGUUUACCACUGUUUUCGGAUUAAUUGUGAUCGGUUUAAGUGGACGCCACUGAUGUCUUUAAAAAAACACUGAGAUUUUUUGUGGAUGCACCUAAAGAGAGAUUCGUUAUUUUCUGGGUUUCUGGUAAAUGCUAGCGGUCACUUCCUAUGUGUGAGCAUGUUUUAGUGGCAUAACAGUAAGGAGCCUUCACAGUGGUUCAAGAGUGUAUAAUGUUAAUUCAAGAUGGUGUGGAGGUUUGUAUCAGUGCGAUCAAGUUUAGUUAGUAUUGCCAUACAGCAUACAUGUAUUUUCCUGUGAAUUUCUAUGGUUAAUGUAGUUCGUCCCAAUAAUGAUAAUGUCUAGUGUAAACAUAAAACAGAAAAUUUUGUAUAUAUUUGGUCUCCAUGGAUGUCCCUAACAAGUGUAAAAACGCUGAAUGACUGAAUGCAUUAAAUCUUUCUAAACCUGUCUUGAAACAAA